UAUCUUUAAGCUCCAGACCCUGGAAGUGACCAGGUACAAUUCUUUCCUAUGCUCCUGUGCCACAAAUCAGAAAGUUUCAGCAGGCAAACAGUUAAGAAACCAGGGGGAGGAGGAGGAGGAGGAGAGAGGGCGAGUUUCCCCUGCAGUUCUCAUCACCCAGCGCCGAGGUUAGAGCCUGUGGUACACCAAUGCAAUUCGCAACCACCAGCAAUGUACGCUACGGAUCUGAAAGCCGGCUUUCGGUCCUUUAAAGGCUGUCUCCGAACAGUGGCAACAGAAAUUUGGAAAAGCUCAAGUUUUCUCUCGUUAGAGAGAAGCCGAGGACGUUUCUUCCGAGGCUAAACAGCAUUACUGCAGAAUAAAUAUGCUAAGCAUUGCGGGAAGCCAGAUGAAGUCUUAAAUGAAAACAUGCACGUUAAUGUUUAACCCCUUUCACUUAUGCUGAGAUUUCCACACGAGCAACAGAAUGAAGAAUGCUGUCUGAAUUUUGCUGAAGGACAAUGGGACUAUUUAUUUUUAUUAUGCUGCCUUCUCCUGGCUAAUUUUGGGCAAGGCUGAGGAGCACUGUUGACAGAACGCUGAAACAAAAUGGACGAAUCCUCCACCUAACACCCAAAGCCACUUUCUGGAAUGCUAAGUGCAGAAGAGGCAUUCUUUCAGCAUGAAAUUCAGUGCAUACCAGUAAGGGUAGUUCUGUAUCAAAUGCUUCACGGACAAAUCUUCACGUAAUAGGUGUGGGAUGCGGGACUGCUGCACUAUCAUGUUUUGGACAUUUCAACAAGAAAGCAGAACCUAAAGUUUCCCAGGCCUUAAGGAAACCUCGUCAAUGGCUGAGAUUACACUCUGUCCCAUACAGAGCUGGCACACCACUCCUGUGGGGGGGGCUGGACCUCGACCAGCCUACUGCACUGCUCACCUGCUGGAGCACACGUUGCUUCAAAGUAGGAUCAACUUCUAGCUUAUGAGCUAGACCCUCAAAUGAUCUGAAGACAGUCUCCGGAUAAUAAAAGAUGAACCCACUUGAUGCAACAAAAUCAGGAUUUUUAGUGUGCAUUGCUGUCUGUACAUUCAUCUACACCUUCAUCUAUCUAAAGGAUACACUUCUUGAAGAUCCAAACGAACAGAAAUUUAGCGGAAAUACAGCAGAGUGUGGUUUUUACCCAGAUGAACUUUGUUCAGCUCUUUUUGUGGGGAAAACUGCUGCCUUUAAAAUUGGAAGCGUUUGCCAGAAUACCUACCGACCUGCAACGUUCAGCUGCAUUCAGACUUCGUGCAACUGCUCCAUGGUCUUGAAGACUCUACGUUUUAUAACAAGACCACUGUCAGCUGAAGAAGGAAGUUUCUCACUGGCAUACAUUAUCACAAUUCACAAGGAGUUGGAAAUGUUUGUAAAGCUACUAAGAGCUAUUUAUAUGCCUCAGAAUAUUUACUGCAUACAUGUUGAUGAAAAAUCAUCAGACGAUUAUAAAGCCGCUGUACAAAAUAUUGUUAAUUGCUUUGAAAAUAUUUUUAUUUCCUCAAAAAGAGAAAAUGUUGUUUAUGCCGGAUUUUCUAGAUUACAAGCUGAUAUUAAUUGCAUGAGAGAUCUAGUUCAAUCCAAAAUUCAGUGGAAUUAUGUUAUUAAUCUGUGUGGUCAAGAUUAUCCCAUUAAAACAAACAAAGACAUUAUCAAAUACAUCAAAAGUAAAUGGAAUGGAAAAAAUAUGACUCCCGGGGUAGUCCAACCACUUCAUAUGAAACACAGGACACAGGUUAGUUACAGAGAAUAUGUGCAUUCUGGAAUGUCAUACGUGUAUCCAACCAAGAACAUAAAAUCUAAACCUCCGUAUAAUUUGACUAUAUAUUUUGGUAGUGCCUAUUACAUUCUCACUAAAGAAUUUGUGGAGUUUACAUUGACUGAUGCACGUGCAAAAGAUUUGCUUGAAUGGUCAAGAGACACGUACAGUCCGGACGAACACUACUGGGUCACACUGAAUCGUUUAAAUGAUGCUCCAGGUGCUACACCAAACGCAGACUGGGAAGGAAACAUACGAGCCAUUAAAUGGAAAGAUCAAGAAGGCACCACACACAAGGGCUGCAAAGGUCAUUACAUCAGAGACAUUUGCGUCUAUGGACUAGGGGAUUUACAGUGGAUUAUUGAAUCACCUCACUUGUUUGCGAAUAAGUUUGAGCCUGCAACAUAUCCUCUUGUUAUGGACUGCCUAGAGAGACGCCACAGACUUAAAGUACUGCACCAGGCAGAAGUCCCAAUUGAAGAUCACUGGCGUUUUCAGGAAGAUAGCUACUUCAACAUGAAGCUGAACGUUUAACUAACAGCUAAACAAAUACUCAAAAUAUUGACAGAACCCACCAAGAUUUUUAGCCACAGACUUCAUUCACGUGAUGUACUGUGCUUACCCUCGUGCUUUUAUGCUGUACUACUGUUUCACCAGUGAAAUAAGCAGUUCUAUAUAUUACAGUAAAAGAAAAAACAACAACUGCUAAGGGAUUAAUUUAAAGAAAAUAACGUGUCUAGAACUGCAACUUACAGAAAACAAGGGUGACAUUCAUAAUCCUUUAAGUGACUUAUUUAACUGGAAAAUACAUGUUCCCCAUGUAUGUCUACAGCUGAAAAAAAGAAUUGGUAUGAGAGUAAUAAAAUGGAAGUAAUGACUGAAACAAAGGUGAAAUACAAAGAGCACAAGAUAGAGUUGUGUCUACUGUACGUUUUAUGAACUAGAUUACUUUGAUUAAAAAAGUUGACAAACUGCAGAGCUUGUAGAGAAGCAGGUGCCAGCCAGCUUCAGACACAGUCCAUUUCACUGUUUUUUCGUGGCCAGCUGCAUCUCUAAUUUCAUUGUGUAGCAUGGCAACACCACUCUUGCACUAUUCAUGCUUUGCUCCUAAUGACGAGGGUGCCUAGAUGAGUAACAUUAGCAGGGGUCCUGAAACGCAUGUUUACCUCUAAGUCCCUGGUUCUGAUUCUCUGCAGGAGCUCACGGCAAUGAGACGUGAGAAAUUUGAGGCCAGGGAACAAUGGAAAACUGAGUGAAGAGCUUUCAGUCCCAGGGUAGGGAAACAAAACUUCCCUGAAUCUUGCAACAGUCCACAACAAUUGGCAAUAACACCUAGCACCAACUAGGACAAAGAUCUCAUUUUCCAGAUCCUUUGCAGACCAAACGUAGUUCUCACUAGCCUACAGCAAGGAAGUUAGUUUUCCUUAUGCUGAGUAUGAAAAUCAACUUAAAGACUGAGCAUUCUUCCAAAAAUUCAAAUGAAUCAACAAAUGACCCAACAAUAGAACACAAAAAUUUCUUAUUAGAAACUUAAUCCUAGGUUCUUGGAACUGUAGUGCUCCCUUUCCCACACAAGUUUCUUGGAAACAAUUUCUUUCAAAUGAACUUUAACCUAGAGGAGGACCAUCUGGUCUCUGUUUAUUUACAGAAACUUAAAAAACUCAACCCUGUACUCAGUCUCAUGUAGAACCCAUGGCCUAUCUUGUGGCUAAUUAUUGAUGAAGAUUUUUUUUUUAUGGAUGGGAGGGGAAAAAAGCCACGCACCACGCUCACACUGGGCAUUUUGAGAGUUCCUCUGAAAACCAUCACUGACACUAAUGGGUCUCUGGCAUGUAUUAACCAUAACAAUAUUUCAGAAUGAAUUUCCCUCCAACCCACACCCAAGUAAGGCACUCCCAGUGUUUAUCUACUCUGUGUUGUUUUUUAAAACAUGAAUGUAACGUUCCUCAUUACUGUCUUUGGAGACAAUCCAGUACCUAGCUUUUUUACCUUUCAUCACCAUCAUGCACAACAACUGUGUUUCACCUCUGUCAUCAUCUGUCAUCAUACAGAAUGUGUUUCACCUCUGAGUUGAUUGAAAAGGUGAAAUUCAAUAGCAAGGCACUUAAUUAAACUGGUUUGGUUUGCAGAAACUGACCAGGACAACUAGGAAAAAAUGUAGAUCUCUAAAUCUCUCUUAGAAAUAUUAUUUAUGUCCUACUUUAGCCAUGUUAAUCCAAGGAAACCAUUGAAGAGUGACCCUCCUUUCUUAAAGAAUUUAAUAUUUUAAACACAAAAUUCUACGUCUAUAAAAACCCUAGGCAAAAUCUUAAAUAAGCCACCCCAUCCUCAAUUAUUGAGGAAUACUAUUUUACCCAUUACUGAGCGAUCACAACUUCAUUAAAUUGUUGAAAUAUUUUUUACUUCUAACAACAAUUAAAAAAAAGUUACAAAACUGUGAAAGCUGAAAGCAUUCAACAUGCAUAAAAAAGCAUUCAUUAAAGUCCUGUACGUGCGACUGUGAAACAAGUAGAUAGAUCACUACUCUUGGAUCUCAGCAACCAAUGUUUACUAACUUUUGGAAACUGUUGAUCUAAGAGCAUAAAUUGUCAAAGUGACCGUGUUCUAGGAAACACUAAGCUGCAUAACAUACUGCGCACACCUUAACUCUGUAUCUGAAAGAUAUAUGCAUAAUUUCUGCUUUAAAAAGCCUAAGGUACAUGUUCAAUAGCUCUGUAUCUAAGUUAAACAUUUGAUUAAGUGUUCUGUAUGGCAUAGACUUUAAUAGUUAAGGUA